AUGGGCAACGCGAAUUGUAAAACGCAAACAGUGGAUAAUGUUGAUGUAAACAACAAUGACAGUGUGGAAAGGACGACAACGUCGUCUGUCCUCGAUUGGGAUAUCGCAAUGUUCGAGAAGACGUUUGAUGAACUUUCCUCACGCUUUGAAGAGAUCAUUGAAAACAACCAGAACUUAAAGUCAGCCGUGGGAUGUUCUUUCUUCGCAAAGCGUAAGACCUUCGCCGUAACCGAAAUUGAGGAAAUUCGCCAAAUUUUUAUCGAAAUGAUGGUUAGGAUAAAAGACAUCGUUGGAGAAAACAAUGAAUUAUAUUCGAUGGUGUUCCCCAACGAUGACCACCAUUCUAGCCAUAUCGGAAAGAUGGAGUGCGUCCGCCAAGAAAACAAUCGUCUAUCUCUCACAAUAUCUGAGUUGGAAAGUCGCUGUAAUGCUCUUAAUGAGGAGAUAGCAAAGUUGGAUGAACUGAACACCAAUCAGCGAGACAAACUAACUGUUCUCAAUGAGGAGAUACAAAAGUUGAAUGAACUGAACACCACUCAACAAGACAAACUAUCUGACGUUGAAAGUGAGCUGCGGUACAUGGGAGAUAAAGCCGAUGACCUCGAUAAAGACAAAUUCGAACUGCAAUUAAAGCUUGAGGAUGCAACAAAAAUGUUGAGUGAUAAGAAAUCCGAAAUAAGAGCGUCAAACAUUAGUUACAAAACAGAACUCAGAGAGAUGAAAAAGAUUGUCGAAGAACUAGAAAACAAAGUAGAGAUAUCCGAAAAAGAGGUAGUGUGUUUGACAGAACAACUUAACAACCAGGAAGCAUUUUCACGCAACACAGAGCAGCAUCUUUUAACCACACAGUCAUCACUGAGUGUGUUCGCAGGACAGCAAACCACAAUGGCUUCCACUGUACCUGGAAAUUACCAACACUUUCAGCAGCAACAAUUUGCCUCCCAACAAGUGUCUUAUCAGUUCAAAAACACCGUGAAUCAAAUGAAUUCCGUGCAGCAAUCCGUUGUCGUAGCAACAUCAGAAAUACGUCAGAUCUCGCAGCUAGUCACAACCCAAGAACAGUUGGAAUUUCAUUCUCAGUAUGCCAUUGCAGAUAGUCCAUUUUCUGUGCCCGCUGAUGUGCAAACUACCGAUCUCAGUGCACUCAUUAAUAAACUACUGAACGCAGAUAAAAAUGAAGAUGAUAUUUGUCACGUUAAUUUUGACUUCCUCAUUAAUGGGGAAUUUCUCCGAGUUCCACUUGGCAAGCACAUGGAAGAGAGCAGUUUUUCAACGGAGACUGUUGUGGAUAUUGAAUAUUUAGAAAAAUUUGCAGCUCCUAAACCUGUAGGUAGUAUUGUUCAUGACGAUUGGGUCAGUAGUUUACAAGGAUGUCAGGAUUGCAUUGUAAGCGGUUCAUAUGACAAAUCUGUCAGAGUUUGGACUGUAGAUGGUAAAAAUAUCAUAACAAUGUCACACCACACAGAACCAGUCAAAGCAGUAGCUUGGAUAAAAAAAGGUGAUCCUGUCAGUUAUAUUGUGAGUGGAUCACAUGACCAAACACUCCUUAUUUGGGAGUGGAAUUCAGAAACCAAGAAAGCUGAAUGUCUUUGUAGUUGUAGAGGGCAUGCAAGAAGUGUGGAUUGUGUGGCAGUAGAUUCUACACGAACGAAAUUCUGUAGUGGGUCUUUUGACAAGAUGCUGAAAAUCUGGUCAACAAGCACAGAAGACAUGGAAAGAGACAUUGAUGAGACAGAUAAAUCCAGGAAAAAACAAAAAACAGAUAACAGAAAACCAGUUGUUCGGACUCCUCUGAUGACACUAGAAGGUCACAAGGAAGCCAUAUCAUCAGUUUUAUGGUCUGAUGUCAAAGAAGUCUGCACUGCAUCAUGGGAUCAUACACUGAAAUUAUGGGAUGUUGAGGAAGGUGUUCAUAAACAAACACUGACUGGUAACAAGGCAUUUCUAAGCAUAUCGUUUUCACCGUUGUCCAAUUUACUGGCUUCAGGCAGUGUCGAUAGGCAUGUCAGAUUAUGGGAUCCAAGAACACAAGAUGGUGCAGUCGUAAAGCAUUCCUUAACAAAUCAUUCUGGUUGGGUGACUUCCGUGUGCUGGUCACCUGAUAGUCAGUAUCAACUGAUAUCAGGGUCGUAUGACAAGACUUUGAAAUUGUGGGAUACAAGAAGUCCCAGGGCACCACUUUAUAAUAUGUCAGGAUUGGACGAUAGAGUACUUUCUGUUGAUUGGUCAAUACCAGAGGUAUUGCUGUGUGGUGGUGUUGAUAACUGUAUUCAUGCAUUCCAAGCGUCUAGCAUUGAACCACUCAAAGAAUAAUGAAACUUUUCUAAUUGUGUUAUUUAAAUAUAUAAAAAAUAAAUGCGAUUUUAUUUAACAUCUA